AGUGCCGUUUUAUGCAAUCGGGCCCUUGUGGGGAUGCACCUCAUAACUUGUACUGGCUUAGCGGGUGCCUGCAACGUAAUAGGUUUCCCCCAAUACCUAAUUUCGUUUGGGGCCUCGUAAGUCGUACCUCGUCUCGUACCUUGUACCUAUCGUAUGUGGUCUUUUCUCAAAAACCACAAACGAACUUCAUAAAACAGAUGCGCCGCUGCAAAGAUAUGCGCCUCGACUUUUCUGGUCUUAAACGCGGCCCCAUGGUCUUACGGCCAGUACCUCCUUAGUAUCAGCUACCUUCAUUAUGGCCCUCGAACCCGGUCCCCGUCGCUCCAUAUCUCUGGAUAGCUCUGGACGGAAUACACCCAUUAUAAGGCAAUGGAGGAAUCAACUGGGCGCAGAGGAUGCUCCCAUAAAAGAUAAGCACUACCGAAAGUACGCGUCAGGCGUCGAGCGAGCCCUGUCGCUGUUUGAUACGGCUUUAGAAGAGUGGGCGGAUUAUAUCUCUUUCCUAAGUAGAUUACUCAAAGCUUUACAAGCUCGUCAAGCAAGCAUAACAUCCAUACCCUCGAAAACCCUAGUCGCAAAGCGCCUCUCGCAAUGUCUAAACCCUUCGCUCCCUUCAGGUGUACACCAAAAAGCGCUCGAGGUCUACACCUACGUAUUCUCGAUCAUAGGAAAAGAUGGACUGACUAGGGAUCUUCCUCUUUACCUCCCGGGUCUCGCGCCGACCUUGUCUUUUGCAUCCUUGACCGUCAGAGCUCCGUUCCUCGAUCUACUCGAAACCCAUGUUCUUCGCGUGGAUCCUCGAUCGCUGCGGCCGGCAAUGAAGAGUAUUAUCUUAGCUCUUUUACCCGGGCUAGAAGAUGAGACGAGCGAGGAUUUCGACCGAACGCUCAAAAUCACCGAGAAAUUCAAGGCGGCCAUCCGACCACCCAAUUGUAAGGAUCUUACAUCAACAGAUUCGACGGGCGACGAUUUCUUCUGGCAAUGCUUCUUCUUGGCAACCAUCACAGGCCAGACUCGUCGACCUGGUGCUCUUGCGUAUCUCGUUCGCAGAUUACCAAAACUAGGACAUCCGACCACUCAAGAAGUAAACCCAAAUAAGGCUCAAGAGGCUGAAGCCGAUGUACUGUCAUCUGAGCUUUCGAACCUCGUAACUUCCCCUGAGCCAGGUCUACUCCUCAGAUGCUUCGCUGCCGGGUUAGGAGACGAGCAGCUCCUCAUACAACGAGGCUUUCUGGAUCUUCUAGUUACACAUCUCCCCUUACAUUCUAAGGUGCUGCAGAAGAGAGUCAAGAGUGAUGACCUGGAGCUUCUGCUUCGAGCUGCUGCUUGUGUUGUCACCCGAAGGGAUAUGAGCCUUAACCGACGGCUUUGGGCUUGGUUUUUAGGACCUGAACCUUCGGGUCAGGAACAAGAGAACGGCCCAAAGUCACCUUCCUCCCCAUCGGACCAGCAUGGUUUUCUUAGUUCUAAAACGAGUUAUUUCGAGGAGUAUGGGUUACACCCUCUAACUCGAGCAUUAUUAUCAAUGAUCAAUACCGCUCAUAAUAACAAUCCCACAGAAAGAGCCCAGCCGUAUCGAAUAUGUCUAUCGCUUAUGGAUAGGUGGGAAAUCGGCGGUCUAGUAGUGCCGGAAAUCUUCCUUCCGGUAAUGGUCAGUGUUAAGGAUUUCGAAAAUAGAGCUUCCAACAAGGCCGAAUUCAAUGAAGUGUUACGAAGUGCGAGUGUGUUUUUUGACGGUGUCGAGAGCGGACUCAUAUUCGGCGAGAUGAUAGGUCUCGUGGCCCAGGCCGUUAGCCCGAGUAACGCGACAGAGGCGGAACGCAAUGAGAAAAUAGCUCUUGUCCAGUUCAUCAUGGAACACUUUAAUAUCCGGGACGAGGAAAUGAUAACCGUCCACGCUCCUCUAGCUGCUCUGUCAAUCUUAGCCAUGUUAGAGGACGUGAAGGAGAACAGAAAUGCGUCCGGAACCCCAAGUGGGAACGAUGCCUCAGCCGUCCCAUUCCAAGUGCUCGAGAUCGCUCGUAAUUUGAUCGAACUUAUCCCUCAACGAGCGUUCCCGACUAGGUCAGGAGAGCGAGAUUCAGUUGGAUCUAUAGAGGGCCCGGUAGUGGCGUCCAUGUCAAACAGCGAGGUUCUCAAAAAGAUCAGACAUUUCUACGUCACAGACCAGGGAAAUCUCGAGGCUACGUCGGCUCCCUUUGCUCCGCGGACUGUGGGCGCUCUCCUGAUUCAAAAGGCGUGUAGUUUAACAUGCGACAGUCUAACAACCGCCAAGCAGGGGUCUGCGAUAUCUAUUAGAAGUCGACUUAUGGGGCUCCUCUUGACCAAAAUCCCUGGAGAAUACACUGUAGAUACAGCAAAGCUGCUCUCGGCUAUGCACACGCGGUUAUCUGAACCGACCGUACCAUUUAUAUCAUUCAAAUCGAUUCUUUUCUUGUCGACACAACUUUAUACUGGUGAUCGAAUACCGAUAGAUCAUCUAUCAGAUCUAGUUGAGCCAUUAGUUCGUCACGCGUGGGGGUUCCUAUCUUUAACAGAACCAAAAUAUCAUGUCGAAACCGUGAGGUGUCUCUGGCAAUUACAGACAGCCCUCACGACUUCGAACCGCGAUAUCGAAGCGGUGAUUUCGGAUUUAAUGCUCAAGGAUAGCACAACGGGCACAUUUGCCGUACGACCAGCUGAUCCUGGUCGGACUUAUACCAUCCUUUGGUCUCACACGUUGCAAGAUAAUGCCUCUCAUUCUGACCGAAGAGCUCCAAAAACCCCUAUUCAUGACUUCAGGUCGGCAACUCGGCUGUCUGGCAUGGAUUACUACGAUGUCAUGCUCACCAGGCCUUUAUUUUUGAUGCUUGAUUCUCUACUAGACGAGCGAACUCAAUUGUUUAUGAUGGUGAAAAAUUGGCUGAACACUAUGGUCGGCAUCGACAAGUUAUUCCUGAUUUUCGUCACGAAGAUAUCGGAACUGAAAUUCCUUCGAAAUUUCCCGCAGGCGGCUAAUCCCGUCGCGUCGAGCCAGUCUGUUGAAUUCUCGGCGGAAGAUGACCUUGACUUGGCGAUCUAUUAUCUCCGUACUUUGUCCAAUAUGUUUCGGUGGGGUCCUGACGCAUUCUGGGGAGUCCUUGCGACGAGAAUAAUCGAGGAACCUAACCAGAGUCUGAUACAAAUAGCUGGCACGGAAAAUAGUCUGUCGCUCUUAGAAUUCUUCCUACGUGUUUGCAUGAGGUGCAUUGCCGGCAACAUACUCCCGAGCGACAACCAUCUCCAGCUCCGGAUAACUCAACUUCAUCGUUCCGCCUUAACUUUUCUUCAUCAGAUAUUACUUAAUCCUUACGCAGAUGGACUGUCACGUCUAAAGUUAGAAGACGUCUUAAUUGACCGGCUCACCCAGUCCCUUCAAGGACCCGAUCCAUAUAUACAGGUACUUCUACUCGACGUCACCUUUGACGCGCUUAAACUUCGAGAUUCAUUAUCCGUGGAAGUACCAAUGUCACCGGUGGGAGAAAAGCGAACUAUGAAUUACGCCUCUGGUAGCGUACAAUUAUCUGCGACGUCUCUUGAACAUAUACCCGAGGUGACGCCACCACCGCCCUCGUUACUCAAAUGUAUACAGGCCGGUCUCGCCUCUUCCAGCAGUCGACCCGUACUAGACAGUUGGGUGGGUUUCCUUACGGAAUGUCUGCCUUUCUAUUCAGAUUCUAUCUUCCAAGUUCUUAUUCCUUUAGUCGAAACACUCUGCAGCCAAGUGUCUAGCACAUUCAGCAAUCUUCAGGAGACUUUCAAGCAAAAUAGACAGCCACCAGAGAUGAUUAAUGCUCCUGAAACCACCCUCAUAUCGUUACUCAAUGCGCUUGAACAAGUGCUUGCUAAGGCGCAUGAUCAGUUAGUAGCCGCGGAAGCUAGACUUCAAGCUAUAAAAAGUCCCGAUCAACCUCAAGGAUUCUUCGGCAAUAUGGUGUCCGGCGUGUUCAACUCGGACGCUCCACAGUCUCGAAGCGCAACCGCGAAUGACAGAUUAACAGUUUUGCUUGCCUUCCAAGAUGCUGUCCGGAUGUGCUUCAAGAUCUGGUCUUGGGGACAAGGGAGCGAAGCUAACAGUCUGGAUCUUGAGUCGUCUUCUUCGUUUAAGUACACAUCACUGCGUAUGCGAAAUCGGGCUAGACGCCUGCUAGAACACGUAUUUGCUGCCGAAGCGCUUGAAUGCUUAGAGACGGUAGUUGAUAUCUGGCGAAAUUCGUUGAGUGAUCCCGACACCACAAAGCACUCGGAAGUAUUUAACCUACUUCCUGCUCUGGACGGAUCCCGGCCGAGGCAUACAAUUCCCGCCAUAUUUAACGCAAUCUAUAGCCGAUCAAAUCCUAGCGCUCUAGAGACGUCCAGAAAAUCAACGUUGACUAUCGAACUACAAGACACAGAUCUGGUAAUCUUCUUAGUUGAUUAUGCCCGGUCUCUCGAAGAUGACGCAAUGGACGAGAUCUGGCAAGACUGUAUGGUUUUUCUAAAGGACCUCUUAGGCAAUCCUUUCCCUCAUAGGCAAACAUUGCCGAGCCUCUUGGAAUUUGCAGCAAUUCUAGGGGAGAAAGUUGACAAUACCAACUUCGGGGAGCAGAGAAAGAUGCGAAGGGAACUUGGGGAUCUCUUUCUACGAUUGCUCACGGCCAUUUUCACCACAAGGCCAGCCUCCUUCGCAGAUGGACAACCAUCCCCACAGUCGGAGAAGUCGAAAGCCAGCGAGGGUCGCCUCGUGUUACCAACUGAGAGAGCAGAUGAUGUGGUUGGCAUCUUAUCUCACAUCGUUCCUAACCUACCUAAGAUUCUCGUGGAAUCUGAUCGCGUUUUGACAGCAGCUGGGGCUAUAUCUACAAACGUGAUCGGGCCCUCCAUCCGGUCAAAGGGUUUCCCUGAGACUAUUUCUAAGAGUACACUAACUCUACUCCAGGAGCUCACCAGGCUCCCCAAUAAUCAAAAAACCUGGAAGAAAGACAUCGGUGAUGCCUUCAAUGAUUCCAGAUUCUUUAACUCAUCUGUCAAUUUAGUACGGGGAGACUGGCUACCGCUCUUAAAACUUUGGACAGUCUCAGAUAAGGAGCGAAUACCGGAAAUAUUAGGCCGCAUAACGCCACCCACAACAGCUGGUAUAGUCUUCGGAGUGGGUGCUACUUCAGCGAGGUUAGAAGCAGACAGGAAGACGCAACUCAAUCUGCGCCGCGUUGCGACUUUGAUCCUUGCGUGCGGCGUAGACACAUUCGUCACGGACCUUCCACUCAUCCUCGAGCGUCUUAUCGAACUGCUGGCAGCAACAUCUACAUCUUCGCCGUCCUCGACUACACGGUCCGAGAUAUAUAUGGUGGUCCGCGCCCUUGUCCUACGAACAUCUGCCAUCCACCUUGCGCCUAUAUGGCCGACAGUCAACGCCGAGCUACACGCGGCUAUAUCCUCCGUUGCGGCACCGGACAAUAGCGCCUCGUCGGACACUUUCAGCAACACAUCCAUUCUCCAAGCCUGCAAGCUCUUGGACCUGCUCAUCGCCGCAGCGCCGGACGACUUCCAGUUGCACGAGUGGCUCUUCGUUACGGAUACCAUCGACUCCAUCUACCGGUCUCCUAGCUACCAGCCGGUAGGCCUUGUAGACGAGCUGUCGGAAGAACUAGGCAACGUGGCGUCCGACGUCACCACCGCGGCCCUGCAGACGGAGUCGGCGGCCGCGACGACGAUAAGCGGCCCGCCUCAGCGCAGGCCUCUCCUAGGUAAUCAUGCCGGAGGGAUCAGCGACGAGCUGGCGGUCGACCGGAAGGACGAGCUCGUAGCGAAGAUACUGCGGCCGUUCUUCGCGCAGCUAAGCAUCUACGCGUUCGAGUCGACGUACGCGAUGGGCGCGCUGGACGUCGAGACGUGCGUGGAGAGUCUACUGAGGGACUUGUUUGACGAGCGGACGAUUGUUAAGGCUUUGUAAUUAUACCAAGAUAGGUAUAGGUACCUACCCAUUACCUAGACAGUGUCAGGCCUAGUCAUGUAGUAUUUAAUUAGCCAAUGGUAUAGAGUAUUAGUAGAGAUAGAUGGUGAAUCAGAUAUAUCACGACG